UAAACCACACUAUCCGAAAAGGACAAAAUAUUUUCAAUUGCUUUUCUUUUCUGAAAAGAAACGCACCAAAAUCUACUACCAAGUCAACGAUCAAAACCGAAAGCUCAAACUCUUGAUUCCAUUUCCAUCACCAAUGUCAGGAGCAACACCAGAAAGGAUCAGAUAUGCUGUUGUGACAGGGGCAAAUAAGGGAAUUGGAUUUGAGACAGUUAGAAAAUUGGCCUCAAAUGGAGUUACUGUGAUAUUAACAGCAAGAGAUGAGAAAAGAGGUCUUGAAGCUGUUGAGAAAUUGAAAGAGAAUGGCCUAUCUGAUAAAGUGCUUUUUCAUCAGCUAGACGUAACUGAUCCUACUAGCAUUGCUUCUUUGGCAGAUUUCGUCAAGACCCGGUUCGGAAAACUUGAUAUCUUGGUGAACAAUGCAGGGACGGGUGUUGCAAGAGCAGAUAUUGAUGCAGUUUUAGCUUUUUCCCGAAAUUCUAGUGGGGCACAAGAGCAGACUGAUGUGAGCAGAACAGUAACUCCAACUUAUGAAUCAGCCGAAGAAUGCUUGCAAACAAAUUACUACGGUGCUAAAAGAACAGCUGAAGCGCUUUUUCCUCUCCUCCAGUUAUCUGAUUCCCCAAGGAUUGUCAACGUUUCAUCGGGCGCGGGAAAGUUAGAGAGGAUAUCAAAUGAUUGGGCCAAAGAGGUUCUUAGUGAUGCUGAAAGCCUUACAGAGGAUAAGAUAGGGGAGUUCUUGACAGACUUUCUGAAAGAUGUCAAAGAAGCUUCAUUAGAAAGCAAAGGCUGGCCAACUCUUCUGACUGCAUAUUCGGUUUCGAAAGCUGCCAUGAAUGCCUACACAAGGAUUUUAGCCAAGAAGCACCCUAAUUUUCUCAUCAACUGUGUCUGCCCUGGUUUUGUGAAAACAGAUAUAAACUUCAACACGGGGAUCUUACCCGUCGAAGAAGGCGCUGCAAGUCUAGUAAGGUUGGCAUUGCUGCCAAAUGAUGGCCCUUCAGGUCUCUGGUUUGUUCAGUCAGAAGUGUCCUCAUUUUGACUUGAUUAAAAUCCAUGGAUGGAAAUAUCAAUCUAGCAUCCCUUUUCUAUGUUUAGGCAGAUACCAACCUGACUGCUCAAUGUUGUUAUACAUUUUGACAAAUAGUAAGUGAGAAGUUUUAUAAAUGAAUUUUAGGUCACGUUUAUU